ACAUGUGUAAAAUAUAUUAAUAUUAUUACGUUCGUGACGUACUAAUACUCCGUAUAUGACUUUGCAAACUUGAAUACAGACAUUUUCCGACCUUCUACAAGGAAAAGUGGCUUGGAAGGCCACUCUGACAAUGAUAGCCAAUGGACAGGUGUCAAGGGCGGAGGCAUUGGCCUGCUCAGGCUACAGACACGCGUGUCAUGUGAUGCUCUACUCUGACACCAAAAGUCUGCUUUUCGGUAGAACGCCCAUCAAACAUAUCAUACUGAUGCAGAUGCGCUUUGACGGUCUGCUGGGUUUCCCUGGCGGGUUUGUUAAUCAAUCAAACGAGAGCCUGGAGGCGGGUCUUUGUAGGGAAUUACAGGAGGAGCUGGGUGUGGCCCUUUCUAUAUCCGAAGACGAUCAUGUGGAUGCUCGCCUUGUCCCUGUAACCUCCCCCUCGCCCUCCCGUCUCAUCACUCACUUCUAUGUGAAGAAGCUAACAGAGGAGCAGAUUGGGGAGGUCGAGCAAGCGUCGCUAUCCACAGCGAGUGAUCACGGCCAGGAGGUCCUUGGGAUGGUCCGAGUCCCGCUCUACACUACAAAAACUGGGGGAGGCCUCUCCUCAUUCCUGUCACACGCUUUCAUUGGGAAUGCUCGCACCCAGCUGCUCGACUCUCUGCUGCGCCUCCACCUGCUUUCCCCCGAGGACCUGCACAAAGCCCUCUGGCACUCACUGAAGACACAUGCACAUACUGCAGUGGACCUGCAAGCAGCACUUGCACUGACAGCAGCCAAGAGGGAUCAGUCUUAAGUCACGGUUACUCAAGCACACACACAUGUACAGUCACAAUAGUGUUACAGGUUCCUAUUAAAAAAAAAAAGACAACACUCAUCAUCUUGAGCUGUAACUUAUUUUUUGUUGAGAUUCUUUUAUAAAUAACACUUGCAUUGGUGUACAUUUGGAAAUUACAGCACUAAAAUAUAUAUAUACUGUAUUUCAAUGCAUAUUGUAUUUGUAAUCCAUGAUAAAGCCUUAGGGUUGCUCGAGACAAGCAUAUCAAAGAUGAAUGACCCCAAAUAAAUUGAGCAAAUGUCUUAUUUCAGAA